ACUGCUCUGUCAGCUCUUGGCUCUGCAGCACAGAGAUAAACACUAACAUACUCUGAGAAAUUCAUAGACAGUAUGAUGAAUACACUUCUGCUGACCAAACUCAUCCUUUUUGGUGCUACUAUAUAAGAAAUUUGUAAACUGAAAUAGACAAAAUUGUAUCUUAUCAUAAUCGUAUGACCAAAAAAUAGACAGCUUUUUUCUAUAGGUUCUUCCAUGACUGUUAUAUCAUCCUUUUUUUCACAUUGUACAAGCUUCUGCAUCACAACUUCAGUGCGCUGACUUGAAUUUAGUGACUUCAUGGUGAAAGUAUUUUUUGGCAGUGUUCUUACAGGGCGGAUGUCAUGGACUAUGAUUCUCUGGGCUGCACAUUUCUCUGCAGCACUUCUCCUGAAGAAUGCUAUCUCAUCGGAUCACUGGUAAACAACGUGGACAAGUUUGUGUUGUCUCUUGCAGAAAAAGGAUUUGGAUUCAGAGGGAAGAUGUCCAUGUGCAUAAUUUGUCAGUUGGUAAGUUAUUUCCCUAACAUUCAUUAUGUCUUUUGCAUUCCCUCAGCAGAAGCAUGCUGUGAGCGCUACUCUCUGCUUUAUGCAUAAAAGAUGCUUCAUAUUUCUUAGUAAGCAAAGUGACUUCACACGAUUGAGAGAACCUUUCAAAAGUUUCUUCAUCAGAUCAUUUGGAGAUGAUUCACAUUCACUCUGCUACGUCUUUUUUUACCUGUUUAUGGACCUAUUGAAAGUCUGAUACAGUGACUUAAAUGAAUGUUUUGGUGUAAAGAUUCACUUUCUCUUGUUGUGUGUUGACUCUACAGUGACCAUCAUGCUCCAGACUUGUGUGAUUUUCUGUUUGCUGUCAGCGGUCUUCUCCCAGUCAACAUCCUCCACACCCAAGAAAGGUCGCAACUAUACCAUACACUCCUCACAGCUGGUUUGUAGUCUACCAGGUCCAUCAGGGCCACCAGGAAACCCAGGUGCCGUGGGAUCACCAGGAGCCAUGGGCCCAAUGGGACCUCCCGGAAGGGACGGUCCAGAUGGGAAGGAUGGAGAGAAAGGAGAAAAAGGAGAUGGAGGUAAAUACUGAUUGACUGUAAUCCCUAAACCCCUCCUCUUGCUAAUGCCAACCCCAGUUUGUUUAACAUUUUUGAAAAUUACUCUUUUGCUUGUUUUCUUUAUCUGAUUUGUUUGAAAGAACAACUUGUGAGGGACAGGAAAUGUGGGAAAGAGUAGGGGAGUCAGUAACUGGCAUUUAUGUUUAUUGUCUCCUAAAUCACUGAUCUAUCUUUAUAUCCACCAAGGUGUUGAGUUACUUUUAUUGAAUUUUAUUAGCAUAUCAUGAUAAAACUGCUGUAUGUAAUUCAUCCCACAUAAUUGGUAACAUCAGUUCAUAUUGUUCAUUUUUUGCUAAUUACCAUUCAGUUUUUUAAAAUACAUACCUCAUGUGACUAAUAUUUGAAUUUUCAACAUUUAUAACAAACAAAAUAUUUCAUACUCUUAGCUUGCAUCAAAUAUUGUCAAGAUUUUUAUAGAUUGAGCAGUGGGGUCUUUGUACAGUACAACCUGUGUCAUUUAUGCACAUAAACUCUGAACAAGAAUUCAGUUUUUUUUUAUUUAUGUAAAUUAGGCUAGACUUCAAAAUGAAGCACUGCCAUACUGUGAUUAUUUUAUAUCUGUUAUCAGGUGAUUCAGGGAGGACUGGGAAUCCGGGUAAACCAGGUGUAAAAGGGCGUGAAGGUGUCAUUGGCAAGGCUGGACCCCGAGGACUAAAGGGACCCCGGGGUUCAACAGGGGUCGCUGGAAAACGAGGACAAAAAGGAGACCUGGGAGAUGUGGGAGGGCAAGGAGAACCAGGAGGCUGCAACUGUGGCAGUGCAGCCCGAGUGGCCUUCUCUGUGGCAGUGACCAAGAGCUACCCCAAAGAGCGACUGCCCAUCCGCUUCAGCCGCAUCCUGCUGAACGAGGGAAAUCACUACAAUGCCAGCAAUGGGAAGUUUGUCUGUGCCAUUCCCGGGGUCUAUUAUUUCACAUAUGACAUCACCUUGGCUAAUAAGCACCUCGCCAUCGGGCUUGUACACAAUGGACAGUACAAGAUCAAGACUUUUGAUGCAAACACAGGGAACCAUGAUGUUGCGUCUGGUUCAACUGUUCUCCACCUGAAGGAAGCAGACCAAGUGUGGCUGCAAAUCUUCUACUCAGAGCAGAAUGGACUGUUUUUUGAUCCUUUCUGGACGGACAGCACCUUCACCGGUUUUCUGAUUUACCCUGACCAGGACUAUCUCAAUGAGGCUGAUAAAAAAGCCAAUGCUCAGGGGGGGAGUUAAUAUCCUCAUCCUGUUUAAACUUAAUGUUAGAUCAACACAUAAAAAUGUCAAUUUGGAAAGACUGUCCCACAUGGGUAGGCCUCAGUGAAAUGUGGUUGAUUACAAGUUGUGACACCAGGGGGUGCAAAAGGAGAAAGACUUGAAGUCACUUGAGUUGGGAGGGCUUACAAAGACUUGAACACUGAGAAGCCUUUUGUUUUGGCUGAACAAUUUUUAUAGGGCUCUUUAUGAACAGUUCUUACAAAAAGUAUAACCAGUAAGUAAAAGGAUUACUUGAGUUUAUUUUUUUCCUCCAGUUACCUAACAGGAGCUUUAGAGACGCCUCUGUUUUUUAAUCUUUUAUUUUAUGAUUCAUCUUCUAUGAGAUGUUCUUUAUGAAAACGCAAAGAAAAAAUACUGUAGGAAAAGAAAUAUAUGGCAAUAAAAUAACUAACACAACUGGUAA